ACUAAAGGAUUUCGGUUCAGUCGCUUCGCAGUCAUUCCCGUGUUCGGUCGUUACGGCAAUCGGUGGAACGGAGUUGUUGAGUUUGUUUGUGAUUAGUUUAUUAACAAUUGAAUUGGACAUCGUCUACGAUGAGUUGCCCCGUAGGGAAUUAUAAUGGGGACGCCCAAAGUGGCGAACGACUGGGAUCCGAAGCUGGAAUGUUGUACGGAGAAUACCUCAUGCUUGAUAAAGUACUUAGCGCACAAAGAAUGCUUUCAGUUGAGAGCAACAAACCGGUACAUGAUGAGCAUCUUUUCAUCGUAACUCACCAGGCUUAUGAACUGUGGUUCAAGCAAAUCAUAUUUGAACUGGACUCUAUUCGUCACCUUUUCAGCACAGAACACAUGGAGGAGUCAAGAACAUUGGAAAUUUUGAAGCGACUCAAUCGAAUCGUCAUGAUUCUUAAGCUACUUGUUGAUCAGGUACCCAUAUUGGAAACGAUGACUCCGCUUGAUUUCAUGGACUUUCGUGAUUACCUGUCACCGGCUUCUGGAUUCCAAAGUUUACAGUUCCGGCUCCUGGAGAAUAAGUUGGGUGUCAAAACCGAGCACCGUGUCAAGUACAAUCAAAAAUAUUCCGAAGUCUUCGCCAACGACCGAUGUGCCAUCGAGAGACUUGCGAUCACAGAAAAGGAACCAUCAUUGGCGGACCUGGUUCAAAAGUGGCUCGAACGCACCCCUGGUCUGGAAACCAAUGGGUUCAACUUUUGGGGCAAAUUCCAAGAGAGCGUAGAACAGUUGCUUGCUGAACAGGAAGCGAGCGCUUUGAACGAAGAACAUGAAAAUGUGAAAAACUACCGUCUCAUGGACAUCGAGAAACGCCGGGAAGUGUACAAAUCAAUUUUCGACUCGAGUGUUCAUGACGCACUGGUCGCACGUGGCGAACGUAGAUUUACGCAUCAGGCGCUGCAGGGAGCAAUUAUGAUCACGUUCUAUCGCGAUGAACCACGAUUCAGCCAACCGCAUCAACUGCUGAUGCUACUCAUGGAUAUCGAUUCCCUCAUCACCAAAUGGCGAUACAAUCACGUGAUCAUGGUGCAGAGAAUGAUUGGCUCGCAACAGCUGGGAACAGGUGGAUCGUCUGGAUAUCAAUAUCUGCGAUCUACUUUGAGCGAUCGUUAUAAGGUAUUCAUCGAUUUGUUCAAUCUGUCAACUUUCCUUAUUCCUCGUGGCUCAAUUCCACCACUUACCAGCGAAAUGCAAAGGGCGCUGAAUCUCGCCUGGGGGUCUCCGGUGCAUCAAGCAAAGCAAAUCAACGGCGUUUCCAUUUGAUAAUACAUUUUUCGUUUCUGUUUGGAUGUAUCAGAUAGAUGGCUAAAAACUUAGAUUAGGCCAAUGGAAUCUCUAGGAAAUUGAACAAUUUGACGAAUAAAGUAAUAAAGCUAGCAUGAA